UUUAAUUCACUUCAUGCUUUUCCUGUCACUAAUGUAACUAUUAACAAAAAAAAUCAUCUUCAGUGUUAAUAGUUUGUUCUUCACAAUGAGUUAAAUUCAGUGUUUCAUUGUGUUGCUGUAUCUCACAUGUUGUUCCAGUAUUUUCAUUGAAGUAUUUAUGUAGGUGUUCCAUGAGAGAGAGAGAGAACCAUGGUGUGAGUGGAGAGGAAAGAGUUAAGUUGUUCCAGUGCUAAAGGCUAAAGAAGCAGCCAACGUCAACAAGCUGAAACGAAACUAAACAAAGAGACAGUUCUCACUGUAACUUUGAUUUGCUCCUUAUUUUCACUGAGCUGCUGAAACAAAUUGCAGACAUGGCUACUGCCAGCAGUCUGCUGUCAGAGGAGAGGUUCCUGUGCUCCAUUUGUCUGGACGUCUUUACCCAGCCAGUGUCAACGCCAUGUGGACACAACUUCUGCACUGAUUGUAUCCACACGUAUUGGGACAGUAACGCCAUUUGCCAGUGUCCAUUCUGCAAAACAACAUUUUCUUCAAGGCCUGAACUCCGUGUCAACACCAUCAUGUCUGAGCUAGUUGCUGAGUUUGAAAAGAUGGUUCAAGUCAAAUCCUCUGCUCCGAAGCCACAGCUUCCACAGUUCCAUGUUGUUCCAUGUGAUAUCUGCUCUGAUGUGAAAGAGAAGGCUGUUAAGUCUUGCCUGAUGUGUCUGAUGUCGUUUUGUCAAGUCCAUCUUGAGCCUCAUCACAGAGUUCCAGUUCUUAAGAGCCACAAACUAAUUGAUGCUGUGAGUGAUCUUGAUGACAGGAUGUGCAAAAAACACAACAAGGUAACAGAACUGUACUGUAGGACUGACCAGGCUUGUGUUUGUGUCUCAUGCUUCAAAACCGACCACAGGAGUCAUGAUAUUGUCCCUCUAGAGGAAGAAUAUGAAUUAGUGAUAGUCAAAAAAGAUGCAGUGAAGACAAAUAUCCAAAAGAUGAUACAGUCACGAUCUGAUAAGAUAGAUGAGCUUGAAAAGUCCAUUGACAUCAGUCAGAAAGAAGCUGAGAAAGAGAAAGGAGCCUGUGUUCAGGUGUUCUCUGACCUCAUCUCCUUUAUUCGGAGAAGCCAGGCUGAGAUUGUUGAGGUGAUUGAUGAGAGGAACAGAGCAAUGAAGGAAAAGGCUGAAGGGUUUCUCAAAGAACUGAGGAUGGAAGUGGCUGAGCUUCAAAGAAGAAGCAGUCAGUUGGAGCAUCUGUCGCAGUCUGAGGAUCAUCACAGUUUUCUCCAGAACUUCCCAACCUUGUCCUCUCCUCUAGAGAAGGACUGGACCAAUGUUGUUGUUCAGAGUAACGUGUCUUUUGGGGAAGUGAGGAAUGCUCCGGCUGAGGUGAAACUCACAGCUAGUGAAAUUGUGCAAAAUAUUCCUGAGAUCAAAAUGAAAAGAAUGAGAGAACAUGCAGUGGAUCUGACUCUUGACCCAGACACAGCAUACUGCUCACUGAUCAUAAGUGAAAAUGGAAAGCAGGUGACUACAGGAAACAACCAAAAUCUCACCAACAAUCCAAAGAGAUUUGAGAUGUAUCCUGAAGUUCUGGCAAAGGAGGGCUUCAUAAGAAAGAAGAUUUAUUUUGAGGUGCAGGUUAAAAAGAAGACAGAGUGGAUUGUUGGAAUAGUCAGAGAGUCUUUAGAUAGAAAAGGAAACACAGGUCUAUCAGUUUCAGAUGGUUACUGGACCUUUGGGUUGGAUGAGGGUUUAUAUUUUGCAUCUGAAAAUUCAAAAGUUGCAAUCAAAAUGAAAGAGAACCUUCAAACAGUCGCCAUCUUUGUGGACUAUGAUAAAGGGUCGGUUUCUUUCUAUAAUGUGGAUUCUGGAUCGCACAUCUACUCUUUCAAAGGCCAACGCUUUACAGAGAAACUAUAUCCAUACUUCUGCCCUCAAGACAUCCACAAUUGAUUAAACUCUGCCCCUCUCAUCAUAACACCUGUACCUCAAACUAACUAGAUUGUUUUGGUCCUCCUCUAUAGGGCACAAAGAACAUAAACCUGACCUUCAUUACUACUUUCAGCACCAUUUUUUAAAUGUCAUUUAAGUAAUAAUAUUUUUUCCCGGAUAGAUAUUAGGGGUUAACCAAUACCACAUUUAGGCAGUUCACUUCAGAUCACUCCAGUAAACUGAGCAUACACUACUAAAAACUUGUAGGAGACAUAGUAAAAGUGCCUGAACACGGUAUCAGAUAGAUAUUCCACAUCACUGCAUCCCUGGAAGAUUUGACAUAAGUAUAAUAUGCAUCAUCAGUGGUUUUUCUUGUAUAAUGUACUGUAAUGUAAAUGUUUUUAUCAUUCCAAUGACGUGCAGAAAUAUUGUCAAAUCCUGUUGUAUUACACAGCUUUAAGCUAUCAGUAUUGCAAUGUAGUUCAAAUUUACUAAGAUAUGUUAUUGCUUUUUUAUGCACAUAGGAAUCAUUGGGAGAGGUUUUCAUCUCUAAAGUGUGGUCAAAUGAUUUCUGAUAACAAUGCAGCCAAUGACCUGUUUACAAUGAACAGAAAAGAGAUUUUACUGGGAAAAGACACACACUUGUAAAUUCUGCUUUGUUGUUUUUUUAGGUGCUUUACUUUUAAUGUGUCACAUGAAUAAACUAAUCAUGACUGGU